AUGAAGGACAGAAAGCGAUUGUGCCUCGAGCGCUGCCCCACAGAAAAGGACGCGAAGUCCGGCAUCGCCGUGGCAGUUCCCCAGCAGGGCAGCGCACGCUUCGACCGAGUCGGCAGUUCCAAUGCCACGGUUGCGGCAUCGUGGCACCUGGCCCGACUGCCUGUCUUUGCCACCACCCCGGCGCUCGGGCGGCUCUGUGCGGCCGACAACGCGACGGUAUUGCGGCCGAGUGCUGAUGCGCAGCUCCGGCAGCUGGCAUCGACCCUCCACCGUGAUGCCGCCAACAUUGCCACUGCCACCUGCGUGGCGGGAGCUGUGGCAGGCUCCCUCCCUUUCUUGGCGCUUUUCCUUGGCGCGCGCAGCGCCUACUACCUUCUUCUGCUGGCGGCCCUUCUGGGAUGGCCAGGACUUACCCUACGCCUCUUCUGGCGCCGCCAGCUGCUGAGGAACGAUCCUCUUGUGUUGGACUUCAACUCCUUGGAGCCCUGGUUCUGCGGGGUCGCCGCUAUCCUUUCAGGUGCCAUGGCUGCCGUGGUGAUGUUGGGGCUUAUCAGGCUGCGGAAGUCAUUGCGGCUUGGCUUUGUCUGCAUAGCGGCGGCCACCGAUGAGCUGAGAGCUCUGUUGCCGGCCUUUGCAAUCCUCGGAGGUUGCGCCAUGGUGGGGUCCUUCUUCGCUCUGCUUGUCGGCCUUUGGACGCUGGAAUUUCUGGCGUCACAUGCUGCCGUGGAGUGGGCGACUUACCCCCUCCGCAACAGCUCGGGCCAUGUGCUGACAGAAGAGAACCUUGGGAGCUUCGCCCACGACGACUUGCCUGAGGUCUCAACCUUUUCCCCUGAGCUUCGAUUUCGAUGGCCGGCAUGGCUCUCCGUUUUGCUGGGUUUUCUGAGCUUGCGCUUCUGGGAGGCAUGGCUCUCUUGCCUGCACCAGCUUCAGGUAGCUGCGCUUGUGUCUCGUUGGUGCUUCCCAGACGCCGGCCAUGCUGGGCUGCGGGUGCUUGUGUCCACGGGGCUGCAGGUGUGGUGCGCGCACCUUGGCUCUGUCACCCACGCCGCAAUGCGCAGCUUGUGGUUGGCAUCGGAAGUGUACCGCGUCUUUGCUUUUGUCUUCCACGGCGGUUUCGCGGAGGAGACCAUGGGUGCUGCAGCCUUCGUAGAGGUGGCCCAAAGAGGCUGGGAUCUUCGGGUCUCGACCACCAGAGCCCGCCGGAGCCUGGAAGCAUGCCAUCCUUUCCUGCAGCAAUUCCUAGGCUUGGGUGCUUUCCUCGAAGCUGCGGCGGCCUUGACGAUCGCGCCAUGGGCUGCCCUCGCGGUGCUGUGCAAGCUGGAAGUCCAGCAGCACAGCGACACUGGCGCCUACGUCGAGAGUGGGACUCUCGUGGCCGCCAUCACUUCUUUGACAGCUAUGGUCCUGGCGAAGGCAGGCUUGCGUGCGAUCUCUGCGCCUUCGGAGGCCUUGCUGUACUGCGCGGUCCUGCGAGAGAGGUCGGGAUCGACAGAGGUCCCACCCAUCAAUGUUGAUGCUUUGCUGGUUGGGUCCCCAAAAGACGACGCCGGCUCGCUGUCGACGAUCUUCGAGGCCGUAGUGGACGAGCCAGAAGGCCUACACUACGAGCUCGUGGGCCUCCGCGACUCUGAGCGCCUCUUCGACUCGGAGUCUGAGGGUUGA